AGAAAAAUGAGAAUGAAAGAAUUAACUAACGAAAGCAGGCUUGUGAGGUUGAGAUAUCGGCGUGCAAAAGCUGGCGAAACAAAAGCCUCCUCUUUGUCCUGGAUGAAUCGCCGAACGUGGUGUAAGUGUAAGUCUUGGAUGCACUGCGGAAUUCAUGGGUUCGGAAUUUGAGCCCCGAUUUUGGGAAGGAGAGUGUGGUUUUAGAGUGCGUUUGCGGUCACAAAUUCCUUGCAUUUAGAGGCGUUGAUUUGACGAGACAGAAUCUAAGCGCAUUCAUUCGUACCGCUACCAUGUUUUUCUGGAGCUCCUCUCUCUGCGUUCCACACACUAGUUCUACACUUCCACUUCUGUUGCAAGGUCAGAAAAAGAAGACGGCGAAGAUCAAACAUCUUGAUUCUUGGUUCGAGUCUUAGAAUACGGGCCUCUUCGAAAAACGGAGCGAGCUCUUGUUGGGCUGGAUUUUGCAGAUAGCAACGUAGUGGAACGAGCCCACCUCAACUAGCUGGUAUUUCAUUUUCCUUUUUACUCGAAGGUGGUAAUUUGCAAUGCAAAACGUUGAUUGGGUUCGGCCCCUUUUGAAUGAAGAAGAAAGGGAGGGAUUUGCUCACAGCUUUCCGCAAAACCUUUCUUACCCUCCAAAACCCUACUCCCCAGAUAAAGAUGGAUGCAUCAUCAGAGCGUUACAGUUACAACCCCGUCUUGCGAUGGAAUCCUCAGGUGGAAGAUUACUUCAUCAAAGCAUAUGGGUCUCUUCAUUUUGCUCAAAUCUCCGAGGCCUUAACGCGUCCAUCUUGCUAUUCUUGUAUUCGAGUGAACACUCUCAAGUCGACAAGUGAUGCUGUCAUUGAGAAACUUCAGGAAAUCAUGAAACAGUCGGGGUCUAAAAAUGUUGUUGAAGACAUCAAUACGAAAGAGACUAAAGCAAGUAAUAUUAUUGACUCGGAUAUGGCUGAGAAGCAAUCGAGCUUACAAAAUGGGCCCAUCUCUAAGUGUCAGAUACCAGGUUUAGAGUAUGUUGUAUUUGUUAAGGGUUCUGGACCACAUGCAAUUGAUUAUGGUUAUGCACCCGGCAAACCUCCGAAGGAGGUACUUGUUAGCAGGAAAUGUGCUGAAGCUGUUCUUCGAGGUGCUCAGGUAUAUGUUCCUGGUGUAAUGGCCUGCAGUUCUCAUGUUGAGGAAGGGGAUUUAGUUGCAGUUUCAGUUGCUGUGGAGCAGCCUAUUUCUGAUGGUGGAUGGGGACUUGGUAUAACCCGUGGGACUGUUCUGCAGGGACUGCAGACAGAUCCUUAUUACUUUGAACGAAAUGGAUUAUUCAUUGGUCAAGGAACAACAAUGUUGUCAAGAGCUGGGAUCUUUCGUGCUUCUCAAGGAAUUGCUGUUGAUAUGAAAAAUCGAGUAUUUAACUUGCCUUCAUUUCAUGAUGUGCUUGAGGGGGAAAUAUUUCUUCAAAACCUGCCAAGCAUUGUUACUGCUCAUGCUCUGGAUCCUCAGAAAGGUGAGCGGGUACUAGACAUGUGUGCAGCUCCAGGAGGGAAGACAACAGCAAUUGCUAUGCUUAUGAAGGGUGAAGGGGAGGUUAUUGCUGCAGAUAGAUCUCAUAAUAAGGUGAUGGAUAUUCAGAAAUUGGCUGCUGAGAUGGGUUUGACUUGUAUAACAGCAUAUAAACUAGAUGCACUCAAAGCUGUUUGUAAAAGAAAUGGGUCAAGUGAUAUGACCACUUUGUGCUAUAACAAGGAUAACAAUGAUGUGAUUCAAAGAUCUGAGUUGAGGUCUCUUGAGAAUGGAGGGUCAUCUACUACCAUUGUAGGAUCAAACGUUGAUACAGCUUGCAAGGAGAAUGUUAGCAAUGAAAAGCCGAAUGAGAGAACUUACGUUAGCAAAGCUGACAUCAGGAAGAACAUGCGAAGGAUGAGGAAUGGCCCAGGAAGAAAUCAAAGCCUGGGUGGUAGAGUUGAGAAUUCAAAAGGCUUCCUUCCUAACAGCUUUGAUCGUGUCCUUCUUGAUGCUCCUUGUUCUGCUCUUGGUUUGAGACCUCGGCUAUUUGGUGGAGAGGAAACAAUAGAGACAUUAAGAAACCACGGGAAAUAUCAAAGGAGAAUGUUUGAUCAGGCUGUUCAGUUAGUUCACCCUGGUGGAGUCCUUGUGUACUCAACAUGUACAAUUAAUCCUGGUGAGAAUGAAGCAUUGGUCCGAUAUGCUUUGGAUACAUAUAAGUUCCUCUCUUUAGCACCACAGGGUUACCCUUGCAUUACAACAAUCAUGUUAUUAAAAAAUUUGCAUCCAAGAAUUGGAGGACCUGGUCUUGUUGGUAGUUGUGAAUUUCCAGAUGGAUAUAUUGAAGAGUGGUUAAGACCUGGAGAGGAGGAAUUGGUUCAGAGGUUUGAUCCCUCAUCUCCACUCGAUACGAUUGGGUUUUUCAUUGCCAAGUUUGUUGUAGGCUCGAAAGAUACUUGAGUUGCAAGUUGGAUCUAAGGUGUUCGACCAGUGAACAAAUUUGUGCAGUGGUCUUUUGGUGUUAUAGGAUUUUCCUCUGCAGAGAGAAUUACUAAGAGAAUAAAGGCAGGCAUGGUCAGGGAAUCAAGAAGAGCUAUUUGUUGUAGUAUAAUAUGAAUUAUAUUUAUGGUUAACUCAAAUAAUUGUAUCAGUUCUGUUUGCUGCAUAGAAAUUUGUACGAUUAAUUAUUUUCAUGAAGAAAACUAUAAGAUCCAGUUGGAAAUUCUGACAUUUUGGUAAGCGGAUUUGGUGACACUCAAGCACAAAGGAAAGAGGUGGUUUGUUGACCAUUGGCUUAAUUGAAGCAGAUUUUGCUGCCCCCAAUUGCAGGGGCUUUCUUAUUCCUUUCCAGAAGCACUGUGUCUCCUAUUAGUCGUGCUUAAAGCUUAGUUUUGAUGACGGCACUAGGUUUUUGAUCCUUGAGGUAAUUGAUAAUCGGAACUAAGAAAGCAGUAUUUUAUCAAUAAAUCACGUGGCCGUAGACAAACAGCUUUAGUUGUCUCUUAUGAAUUAUGGAGUUGACAUUUGUUUAAAUGGUAGUUUUGCCUAUACAUGACUUCUAUCCAAAUCAAUCAUUGAAUGAAACAUAGGUACGUGGUUUGUCUUGCUUAUGCAUUAUUCUUGAGAUCAAGUUAGGUUUAUGAAAGU